GUAUGUCAUGUAUGUCAGGUUAGCUUAGGCAGUGUGGGUGGGCACGUCAGGCUGAAUGCAACGAGGCUCUGCAUAAGUCUGUACAAAUAACUGAGGAGAGCCAAAAUCCCGCCGCCUCUCUUCAAACCUUUCCAGCGGCAACCGAAUAUGAGCACUCAUCAAGGCCCGAAAGAGGCCGGCCUCUACACCCCUCUCAAGACCAACCAAGUCCGACUCCUGCGGCUGAAUCCAGACCCCGACUCGGAUGAAGUGGGCAGCUUAGAGAUCGUGGAACUGCGCGAUGCCCCUCCGUACUACGCCCUCAGUCACAGCUGGACGAGUCAGCACAGCUACCGGGAUGUCCUCAUAGACAACCGGGUCGUCACGCUCGGAGCCGACCUCGCCGCAUGCGUUCACAGGCUCUCGCAACUGGCAAGGACCAACUCCGAGCUCGACCCCCCCGUCCGUCACAUCUGGAUCGACAGCAUCUGCAUCGACCAGUCCAACCUCGCCGAGCGCGCGUCCCAGGUCUCCCUCAUGGGUCAGCUGUACCGGACCGCCAUCAGGACGCUCAUCUGGCUCGGUCCGGACUCAUCCGACUGUUAUGGCGCGUGGGAGCUGCUGGACAGCAUAUACCACGUCUUUCGGCAGCAGAAUCACGGAGCCUCGGAGCCGAGUGACAUACCCGCCCGUAUGUACCGUCCCUCUGCACACGAAGCCUCUGGUCUGCCGCCGUGGGAAGACUUUCGGUGGUCGCAUCUCAAGAACCUCAUGGCGAGGCGGUGGUUCUCCAGGAUCUGGGUCGUCCAGGAGGUCGCCCUGUCGACGCUGGAUCCUAUCUUCCUCCACGGGGAUCAGUCUUUCCCCUGGAGUCACUUUGGCUGGGCGGCUGCUUGGCUGCGCAAAAACGGCUACAUGCGUCUGUCUCAAGUGCCCGAGCAGCUGCGCAACAUCGACACCAUGGCGAACCUCCAACGGGCGCAAACGCUGUGGCCCCUUGACGCGCUCGUCUCAAUCACGCAGGUCAAGUUCAACGCCAGCGACCAGAGGGACAAGAUCUAUGGACUCAUGGGUCUGGCUCGCGAAUGUCAGGAUCUGCCGACUGUACCUCCCGAGCUGAGACCAGACUAUCAGGUUGACGUGACCGAUCUAUAUCCGAGGGUCGGGCGAUACAUGCUGGAACAGAGUUGCUCGCUUGCGUUCUUGACCCGAGCACGUUGUGUUGAUGGCAGCACCACCAGAAGACAGCGGGAGAAGAGUCUAGAUAUACCCUCGUGGUGCCCCGACUGGAGCGAUUUCAAGAAUCCCAACGAGGGUAUCGCGACAAGUCUCUCGUGGGUGCAUGCCGGAGACAAGUCCACGCCAGCCAGACUCGGCUUUCUCGAACAGUUCUCUGCAGCGUCUGGGCUUGAACUCGAGAUCCGUCAUGAAGACGAUCCGCGGGUGCUUUCACUCGAGGGUAUCAGAGUGAGCACAGUCGAGGUGGCCGUGCCGUUUGCCGUCAAUCCUUCUCGCAAGGUUGAACCCGAGCAGCCUUUCACAGAGCAGAUGACACGUAUCUUGUCAAAGGCGCUGAAGCUACUCAAGAGGGAACCCAUACCAUCCUGGACGAGACAGUUUGUCAGCGUAACUACGGUCGAGCAGCAUUCAUUUGUCGGCAGGGAUUGGGACCAGACUGUCGCGGACGGCGCGGCCUAUAUUCAUCAUCUGCUGCUAAACGACGUAUCACUCUCGUCCUUGUGCGUAGAGCAGAGCGGGGAUCCGAACGCCCUCUUCGUACUCCAGGAAUUAUCUUCCGGUGGGGCCGCAGACUACUACAAGAGCCUAGUUCACAACUAUGGUUUUGAUAGGGCCUUCUUGCUUACGGCAGAUGGGAGAAUGGGCAUUGGCCCGUCGAACAUCCAGCAGGAAGAUGCUGUUGUCGUGCUUGCGGGCGGUGAUGUGCCGUACUGUGUGCGUAAAGAGGGAGACCAUUGGCUUUUGGUGGGCGAGUCGUGUGUACAGGGUUUGAUGAAGGGGGAGGCUGUUAAGGCGGUGGAUCACGGGUUGUUAAAACAGGAGAUGAUGCGUUUUAAGUAGUUUCAACAGAUAGAUAGCGUGCUUGAUGAGCGAGCGUUGCAGACAAGCGAGCAUAGCACUAAUCUCUCCUAUACCUAUUUCUUUCACUUCAUCAAGCAACUUUCCACCAUCAAGCAUGCCAUAACC